GCACAAGGCGGUUGGCCUGAGGCGCUUUCUGCUUGUGUCUCUUUCGUCAGGAGGGUCGCUUCGCCGACCUCCCUUCGCGUUCUGCCUCGCUCUCCCUUCGAGCCAGCCGCCUCCGGACGAGCCAUGUCUCGCUACCUGCGGCCUCCCAACACCUCGCUCUUCGUGCGGAACGUGGCCGACGACACCAGGUGUGUGUCUGAAGAUUUACGUCGUGAAUUUGGUCGUUACGGUCCGAUAGUAGAUGUGUAUGUACCUCUGGAUUUCUACACUCGCCGUCCAAGAGGAUUCGCUUAUGUUCAAUUUGAAGAUGUCCGUGAUGCUGAAGAUGCCCUUCAUAAUUUGGACCGGAAGUGGAUUUGUGGCCGCCAAAUAGAAAUCCAGUUUGCUCAAGGAGAUCGUAAAACACCAAACCAAAUGAAAGCCAAGGAAGGAAGAAAUGUAUACAGCUCUUCCCGUUACGAUGACUAUGACAGAUACAGACGUUCUAGAAGCCGCAGUUACGAAAGGAGGAGGUCAAGAAGCCGCUCUUUUGACUACAGCUAUCGCAGAUCUUAUAGUCCUAGAAACAGUAGACCUGCUGGAAGACGUCGACGUAGCAGAAGUCGUUCAGAUAAUGAUAGGUUCAGACACCGUAACAGAUCUUUUUCAAGGUCAAAGUCCAAUUCAAGAUCACGAUCUAAAUCACCCAAAAAAGAAAUGAAGGCUAAAUCACGUUCUAGAUCUGCAUCUCGCACUAAAUCUAGAGGCACCUCUAAAACGGAUUCUAAAACACAAUAUAAAUCCAGCUCAAGAUAUGAAAAAGAAUCAAGGAAAAAAGAACCAGCUAGAUCCAAAUCUCAGUCGAGAUCGCAUUCUAGAUCUAGAUCAAAAUCCAGAUCCAGGUCAUGGGCUAGUCCCAAGUCCAGUGGCCACUAACAAUGUACCUUGUUUUUUAGGCAUGUAUCAUCCAGUUACACAGUUGAGUUAUGAUGUUGCAACAUUGCAUAAAAUAACUUUCGUCAGUUAUCCUGUUAGCAGACAAUUAAUACUAUUAAAACACAAUAUUGAGAAUCUUAUACAAAAGAGUCCACUUUGUUAAAUGUCAUGGGCAGCUACUGAGGUUCUUGUGGUGUUUCUAUGUAUAUUUUUGUAAAAGACUUGCAUUUUUAUGCUUCAAAUAUCAAUGGCACAUUGAUUAUGACAGUAGUUUACAGCUUGUCCUAAUGAACUCACCCACAAACAAUAACUGUUUCAUGUAUAUUUAAAUUGUCCAAUAAUCCCUGCAGUACAGUUGGAAAACUGUGCAGUUGUGAUGCACUGGUAACUGCUGUGAAAUCAGAAAUCAGUACUUCGACAUUUGAGAGGGAGGGGAUUUGCAUUUUUCUUCCCCACUUGUGCCAAGGUGGCUCGUUCCUAAGGCAUUGUGAAAAAUAGUAUUAAGAUUCUCAUUGAUAACAUCUGAAGGGAUGGUUCUUGUAGCAUAGUGAAAAGGAGAUAAAACAGCUAUGAGACUGUUGUGGAAUUUCUCAAGGUUCCAGGUACUUUUUGCCGGCUACUAUAUUGACACCUAAAAUAUUUAGUUACAUAAUUAGGUGAAUGUGUAUACAUUUAUAUCCAGUGUAUUGUAUCUAGUGAACAGUUGACCUCAAAAUUGCAUAGGGUUACUUGCUGUAAAACUACAAAGAAAACAUCUGAUUAAUGUGUACGAUAUGUAAGAAUUAAUAUUUUUUGCCAAUGACUUCAUAGGUAGCCUGUGUAUCCAUAAGAACCAAUUUCUAGUCUCCUAUCUUUAAAAAUUAUAAUUGACAGUUUUGAGUUUACACGUCAGAACCUACAUCAUAGUAGGUUAAACUAGUCAGUUUACCCAGAAGGUGAUUAUAAAUUGUGCUCCACUUGCAAUGUAGCAUAUCCAGUUCCAGUAUAGUUUAUCAUAAUGUGAGUUUCUUCAUCCCUAUGAAGAAGAGCCACAUCCUACUUUUGGUUUGUUGUAAUACAGUAUCAGAACUGAAUAUGAAAAGUUGCCAUGGCAUAAUCUCAAAGUAUUCUCUACAGAGAGCUCUGUUGUAUUACAAACCAUAGCUUUUUAAUUCAAAUGUGAAAGCCAGUAUCAAACACUUAAAGACCCUCCACUUAUGCUUGGUAGGAUAAUUGAAUGUUGAUGAAUUGUUUUGUUUCAAUUUUAGUUCUAACCGGCCACUCUAAAUAAAGCUGGCUUUUAAAAUUCUGGCUGUGGAAUGUGUUUAAGAGGUGAUUCUAGAACCUUUGUAUAUUUGAUAGUAUUUCUAACUUUCAUUUAAUGUUAAAAGUUAACGUUCUGCUAUGCAAUCAUUUAUAUCUGCGUUCCUUUAAUUUUGUAGACUUUCCCCGAUGUAUAGUUUAAAACAAAGUGUAAAAUGGUAGCGUUACUGUGCAGCUCUGGUCAGAUGAAAGUUGUGGAAAUAAACUUUGUAUUUCCUUUCUUAUAGAGGCUUCUAAAAGGGUAUUUUUAUAUGUUCUUUUUAAAAUAUUGUGUACUACUUUAAAACAUCAAUGUUUUGAUCAAGGAGGACCCAGCUUAUUAUCUGCUGUAAAUUUAGCAAACAUGCUGUAAUAAAAGAGAUCCAGUGA